AUGGACCCCGCGCCCGACCACGUCUGCGAAGACCUCCUCCUCGCCAUUCUCGACGAACUCCCUUCUCGCACGCUUGUCAAGUCCCGCGGCGUCUCCCGCUGCUUCGCCAUCCUUGCUGACGAGAUCCUCCGCCGUCGGUUCCUCGCGAUCACGAAGGACGAUACGAACGAGCUCAUUCUCGAAUCGUGCGCGCCGUACGAGACCCGCUCGACACACCGCCAGGCUCUCGACUUUUCCCACUUCGGUCCCUCCGCCGACAUCGCCUGCCCGGGCGACGUAGCGCACUUCGUGGUUAAGGCUCCCUCGCCCACGACCCAGUUCCUCCCGCUCGACGACGGCGAGUUGUUCGGCAACAACCUCCUUGCCGUGCACCUGCGCAACUCGCCCAGACCGUCCAUGCAGCCGCAGCGACUGAGCGCAGACGACGAGGACGUUUUCUCUCUCGCACCGAGCGCACCCCGUCCUCCGCGCUUCAUCAACUACGCCUUCUCACUGAACCUCGCGUCCUCGCUCGACCGCUUCUUCCGCUCGUGGUUCCUCGAGUCGGCGCUGGAAGAAGCCCAGUCCGAGUGCUCCUCUCCCGCUUCAUCCGAGCUCUCCUCGCCCUCCUCGUCACGCGAAUCAAGUCCACCCCUUCCCUUCGCACUCGACUCGCCAGCCUCUCCCCCUCGCCCUCCCUCUCCUCUUCCCACCUCCCCGCGCCUCACACGCCCAAAACGCAUAGCCUCGCCCUACAACCCCCGCUCCUCCUCCGCGCUCUUCGCAGCCGAGAUCGAAUGCGUUCAAGUCCCGCGCUCCGUCGACGAUGGAGACCCACUCGACGUCCUCGCUCCCUCCCCUCCCUCCUCCUAUUCCUCCACCCCACCAAGGUUGUUCGAGUACUUCUUUAGCCGGAUAGAGAUGGAUGUCGCGAGGGUUGUUGUGGCAGCGGAGGAGAAUCUGCCGAGAUGUGGGAGAGGAUGGGCGGGAGGGGGGAAGGGGAGGGGGAGGGUGGUGAGUGCUGGACCGGUGGUGAUUGUCAUAUAG